AUGAGGACGGAGACCGGAGCCGCCCUGGGCUGCCUCCUCGCCCAGCCCUGUCCUUUCAAAGUGGCUUUCGUCAGCGUGGGCCAUGGGCCCGCUGGAGCUGCAGUGCCAGGGCACCGGGGGAGGGGAUUGGCCAGGGGGGAGCUGCCCCGGGCAAGCAGCUGUAGGAAGGGGGCCAGAGCGCAGCCCCGCGCGCGGCGCGGGGGCCUGACCGAGCUGGACAUGUCGGACCAGGAGCUCGCUGAGGUCUUUGCCGACUCCGACGACGAGAACGUAGCCAGCGAGUCCCCUGCCGGUCUGCACCCGCACCCCAUCCCUCGGGCCGGGUACCUGCGCUCCCCCUCCUGGACGAGGACCAAGGCCGAGCAGGGGCGGGAGAAGAAACACCUCAGUGACUCGGAGCUGCAAGUGGGCAUCGUGGACACUUUCCUCACGGUGGAGCGGCCCCAGGAGGAGGACUAGGGGGCUGGGCGGUGGGGGGGGCACACCGGGGCUGUUGGCUCUUGCACUGCCCCCAGCUGCCAGACUGUUGGUGAUCUUAACAGAGCCCCCCGCCUAGAGAGACGUGCCCCUCUGCUGGCUCCACGUAGCACAGUGCUCCCCGGCAGCGGGGGGGCAAUGUGGGGGGCAGGGGGAAGGGUACACCAGCACACUGGUUUAGCACUUUUUUAACCCCUUCCUGGCUCAGUUCAGCACAAGCUCUGGCCGCGGCCGUGAAGGGUUUGUACUGGGCAGGCUCAGCGCCAGGCGGGCUGCCCGGAAGGGAGACGCAGGGUCUGGAGAAGACCCACCUGAAGCGGGCAGAGCUGGGGGGGGAGGAAGCCCCCUUUCGCCCCCCGGGCU